UCACCCAUUACAAUAGAAUAGAGAGGAGAUAUAAUAUUUUUCAACGAAUGAAAAGAGGGAACGAGUCAGGAGUCAGCAAGCGGGCCAAGUCUAUUCAGCCCCGUCUCUGAAUUUCUUCGUAUCUGAAUUCUGACCCUUCAAUUCGUAUACUCUAUAAAACCACCCCACCACCAUUGCCACUCCAAUUCAACAAGCUCUGUAAUUCUUCCAACAAUGGCUUCCUUACCAGCUUCAUCUCUCCUCUCAUCUUCCUCUUCUUCAAGAAGAACAAUUAUCCAAGCUGCAAUCCACGUCCCAAAGCUUCCCAAUCUCAGAAUCUCAGUUCCCAGCCUCCCUAAAACUUCCACCAACUCCAUUAAACUCAUUGAACAGCUUUCCUUGAAUGAACCCAUCAAUGUCAUUCCCAGCGAAUCCCCUUUCACGUCCACAGCACACCUCCACGCUAUCUUACAGGCAGUAGCCGACCGGGUCGAAAUGCACAACAACAUUGGCCAACAGCGAGAUAAUUGGAAUUCCCUUUUGCUUCAUUCCAUUAACGCGAUCACUCUUACCGCCUCCGCCCUGGCAGCCGGUGCAUCCGCUGCCGGAGCUAUUGGCGCUCCUCUUUUGGCUUUGAAAUUGUCGUCGGCUCUGCUUUUCUCUGCCGCAACAGGGAUGUUGGUGAUGAUGAACAAGAUCCAGCCUUCACAGCUGGCUGAGGAGCAACGAAAUGCGGCUAGAUUGUUUAAACAGCUCCAAAACCAAAUCCAAAGUUUGAUUGUGGUUGGAGCUCCCACUCAAACUGACGUCGAUUCCACCAUGGCAAGAGUCUUGGCGCUUGAUAAAGCAUACCCACUUCCAUUACUUGGUGCAAUGCUCGAAAAAUUUCCGAAAACCUUCAAGCCGGCUUCAUGGUGGCCUAAUUCUUCUAAUUACAAAGCUAAGACGAAGAAUGAAAGGGCCCAUUUUGAUGGAAAGCAACAUGAAAGGUUUAAUGGAUGGAGUGAUCAACUUGAGGCCGAAAUGAGAGAGGUAGUUGAAAUCAUAAAGACAAAAGACGCAGAAGACUAUGUCAGACUUGGGAAUUUAGCUUUGAAGAUUAACAAAACGUUGGCCAUCUCGGGCCCUCUCCUCACCGGCAUUGCGGCUUUAAGCUCUGCUUUUGUGGGUGAUUGGUCAGUGGUGGCAGCGGUGGCCGGAUCUUUGGCCGCCGCCGUGAAUUCGUUUGAACACGGUGGGCAAAUUGGGAUGGUGUUUGAGAUGUAUAGAAACUCCGCCGGCUUCUUCGGGCUAUUGGAAGAAUCCAUUAACGGGACGCUAGAGGAGGCAGAUUGGGAGAAAAGGGAAAAUGGGCAAGUCUUUGAAACGAAGGUGGCUUUGAAAUUGGGGAGAAGCUUAUCCCAGUUGAGACAAUUGGCUUCUAAAUCAGCUGCUGCUAGACAAGAAGGGAUUUCCAUUGAUGAGUUUGCUAGCAAACUGUUCUGAUUCUUUUUCAUAGAAGUUUUGAUUCGUUGAUUC